AUGCAUAAGCAUGAUUGGCUCAGUUUAUUAUAAUGUGAAAUUAUAAAAAUUUACAAACAAGCAAUAUCAACUACCCAGCAUUCUUUCAUUCCCUCUACAAUCCUUUUGCCUUUCAAAUUCCCAACCUUGUUUUAACCUUUCCAUGGAUUCACAGCUUCAUAUUGCAUUGUUCCCAUUUAUGGCCUAUGGUCACAUGAUCCCAACCAUGGGCAUGGCCAGGCUAUUUGCUAGGCAUGGGUUGAAGGCAACCAUUAUUACUACUCCCUCUAAUGUGCCUUUCUUCUCUAAGGCAAUUGAAAGAGAUAGGCAAUUGGGUUUUGAAAUCUUUAUUCAGCUAAUGAAUUUCCCUUCUGCAGAGGUUGGGCUACCAGAAGGUUGUGAAAAUGCAAGUUCCAUCAAUACACCAGAAAUGAUUCCAAAGUUCUACAAGGCUAUUAGCCUGCUUCAAAACCCACUUGAAAAUGUCCUGAAAGAUUGUCAUCCCAAUUGUCUUGUGGCAGACAUGAUGUUUCCAUGGGCUACAGAUGUUGCAAGCAAAUUUGGAAUUCCAAGGCUGGUUUUCUACGGAAUAAGCACUUUUGCCCUUUGUGUGUUUGAUUCAUUGAGACGCUAUAAGACCCACAAAGGCCUAGCAUCUGAUUUUGAUCCUUUCACAGUGCUUGGCCUGCCUAACCAGAUCAAGUUGACAAGAUUACAGUUGCCAGAUUAUAUUAGAGAGAAAAAUGAGCUUACAGAACACAAGGAUCAAAUUAUCCAAUCAGAGGUGAAAAGCUAUGGAGUCCUGAUAAAUAGUUUCUAUGAGCUUGAACCAGCAUACUUAGAACACUACAGGAAGGUCAUAGGAAGGAAGGCAUGGCUAAUUGGCCCGCUCUCUUUCUGUAACAAGGAUACUGAAGAUGAAGUACAAAGAGGAGACAAAACCUCCAUUGAUGAACAUGAAUGUUUGAAAUGGCUAGAUUUAAAGAAACCCAACUCAGUUCUGUACAUAUGUUUCGGAAGCAUGUUCAAUUUUUCAUGUCCUCAAUUGCUUGAGCUUGCCAGGGCUCUUGAAGCUUCAGGACAGAACUUCAUUUGGGUUGUGAAAAAAGAAGACAAAUUUCUACCAGAAGGAUUUGAGAAGAGGAUGGAAGGGAAAGGUUUGAUAAUAAGGGGAUGGGCACCACAAGUGUUGAUCCUGGAUCAUGAAGCCACUGGAGGAUUUAUGACUCACUGUGGAUGGAACUCAACAUUGGAAGCUGUAGCUGCUGGGGUUCCAAUGGUCACAUGGCCAUUAUAUGCAGAACAAUUCUUCAAUGAAAAGCUAGUUACAGAGGUUCUGAAAGUUGGAAUCGGUGUUGGUUCCCAGGAAUGGUCUAGACAUGAAAAGAAGAUUCUAAUUAGAAUGGAAGAUAUAGAGAAGGCAGUGACUCUGGUGAUGGUUGGUGAAGAAUGUGAGGUGAUGAAAAACAGAGCAAAGGAACUUAAAGAAAUGGCAAGGAAGGCUGUUGAAGACGGAGGAUCAUCUUUCUCUGAUUUAAAUGCUUUGUUAGAAGAACUUAAGGUCAUCAAUGUAUGA